CUGGUCGUUUAGGAGACCGAGGAUUGUGGUCAAUGUGACAUUCACUUGCGCGCUGGUGUUGAGUUUAUUGUUCUGGUCCUACAGACGCGGAGCGGCGAUUCUCUGAGAAGAUGUUGAGCCGAUUCAUGAGUGGCAGCAUCAGGAAUCUCGAGCGGGAAUACAGCUGCACCGUGAGACUGCUGGAUGAUACGGAAUAUACGUGCACCAUUCAGCGGGAUGCAAAGGGACAGUAUCUGUUUGACCUCAUCUGCCAUCACCUCAACUUACUGGAGAAAGACUAUUUUGGCAUCAGAUAUGUGGAUCCAGAUAAACAGCGGCACUGGCUGGAGUUCUCAAAAUCAAUUGCAAAGCAGAUGAAAUCCCAGCCUCCAUUCACCAUGUGUCUGAGAGUCAAGUUCUACCCUCCCGAGCCUGCCUCUCUAAAGGAGGAGAUCACUCGAUAUCUUGUCUUCCUGCAAAUCAAGAGAGACCUCUACCACGGUCGGCUCCUGUGCAAAACCUCGGAUGCGGCCAUGCUGGCUGCCCACAUCCUGCAAGCUGAGAUUGGUAACUACGACCCGGGGAAGCAUCCUGAAGGUUACAGCUCCAAAUUCCAGUUCUUCCCCAAACAUUCGGAGAAGCUGGAGCGCCGUAUUGCAGACAUACACAAGACAGAGCUGAUUGGACAGACACCUGAAACAUCAGAGCGAAAUUUCCUGCAGAAAGCCCAGCUGCUGGAGACAUAUGGUGUUGAUCCACAUCCAUGCAAGGAUGUAUCUGGGAACCCAGCUUUUCUCGCCUUCACGCCAUUUGGUUUUGUGGUGCUUCAGGGAAACAAGAGAGUUCAUUUUCUCAAAUGGAAUGAGGUGACCAAACUGAAGUUUGAAGGCAAGACGUUCCACGUAUAUGCAAAUCAGAAGGAGGAUAAAAAGAUCAUCUUGACGUACUUUGCACCCACACCGGAGGCAUGCAAGCACCUUUGGAAGUGUGGAGUGGAGAACCAAGCUUUCUAUAAGCUUGAGAAGUCGAGUCAGGUUCGCACGGUGUCCAGCAGCAACCUGUUCUUCAAGGGCAGCCGUUUCCGUUACAGUGGACGAGUGGCAAAAGAGGUGAUGGAGCAGAGUGCCAAAAUCAAACGCGAACCUCCAGAAAUACACAGGGCUGGCCUUGUGCCCAGCAGAAGUUGUCCAUCCAUCACCCAUGGGCCUCGUCUCAGCAGUGUGCCGCGCACGCGUCGGAGAGCCGUGCACAUAUCGAUCAUGGAGGGUCUGGAGUCAUUGCGUGACAGUGCCCACUCAACACCAGUGCGUUCAGUGUCUCAUGGGGAGUCCUUCAUACCACGCUCCCGGAGCCAGGCCACAGACGCCAGUGACGGGACUGCGGUGAUCUCGGACGAGGCCUACAGCCCCUCCGACAGCGUCCUGCCCACCCCGGUGGCCGAGCACAGCAUGGAGCUGGCCGUCUCACGCCAGAUCAACGGGGCGCCCUGCAGCAUCGAGGAGGAGAAGGAGUCGGAGGCGGGCACCCCCCGAGGGGAAGGGGGUGAUUUUGGUGCGGACGGUAGAUCUGCACAGGAGGGUGCAGGGGGGGACUCGGCCCUCAGCGAGGUGGAACAGGUGAAUAAAUUUGUCUUAAGUGUCCUCCGUUUGCUCCUUGUGACCAUUGGACUCCUCUUUGUCUUGCUCCUCCUCCUCAUCAUCCUCACCGAGUCAGACCUUGACAUUGCAUUUUUACGUGACAUCCGCCAGACCCCCGAGUUUGAGCAGUUCCAUUACGAAUACUUUUGUCCCCUCAGGCGGUGGUUUGCCUGCAAGCUCCGCUGGGUGGGCGGGUUGCUCAUUAACAAGUGAGAGUGAGAUCGUAGAGUUCGUAAGCCCAUUCGGGGGUCUGAGAUGACGGUUAGGACUCCGGAGCGAUGGAGGGCAGCCUCGUCCCAACCAUGAACCCUGCUUCUCCCAUCAACCUCCUCCAGACAUACAGCUUGGACCACUCCUGGUAACACCGGGCCAGGAUCUCUCUCCCCCUCCUCCACUUUGAGUUAACCCC